AUGAGGAUGUCGCUGCUGAGAUCCGCGUCGCAGCACCUGCGCCGCCGCCGCGACUACUCCUCCGCCUCCGCCUCGCCCGAGCGCAAGGUGGCCAUCCUCGGCGCGGCGGGCGGCAUCGGCCAGCCGCUGGCGCUGCUCAUGAAGCUCAACCCGCUCGUCUCCUCCCUCUCCCUCUACGACAUCGCCGCCACGCCCGGCGUCGCCGCCGACGUAUCCCACAUCAACACCCGCGCCCUGGUGAAGGGCUUCGUCGGGGACGACCAGCUCGGGGAGGCGCUGGAGGGCGCCGACCUCGUCAUCAUCCCCGCCGGGGUGCCCCGCAAGCCCGGCAUGACCAGGGACGACCUCUUCAAGAUCAACGCCGGGAUCGUCAAGGGCCUCUGCACCGCCAUCGCCAGGCACUGCCCCAACGCUCUCGUCAAUAUGAUCAGCAACCCUGUCAACUCGACUGUCCCAAUUGCAGCUGAGGUGUUCAAGAAGGCUGGUACCUAUGAUGAGAAGAAGCUGUUUGGUGUGACCACUCUUGAUGUUGUUCGUGCUAAAACAUUCUAUGCUGGAAAGGCAAACGUGCCAGUUACUGGGGUGAAUGUUCCUGUUGUUGGUGGCCAUGCUGGAAUCACUAUCCUGCCACUGUUCUCACAGGCUACUCCUGCAAGUAAUGCAUUGUCCCAUGAGGACCUUCUCGCCCUCACGAAGAGGACACAAGAUGGUGGGACGGAAGUUGUUGAAGCGAAGGCUGGAAAGGGCUCAGCAACAUUGUCGAUGGCAUAUGCUGGUGCUGUUUUUGGAGAUGCAUGCUUGAAGGGGCUCAACGGUGUUCCUGACAUCGUAGAGUGCUCUUUUGUCCAAUCAACCGUAACAGAGCUGCCAUUCUUUGCCUCCAAGGUGAGGCUGGGGAAGAGCGGAGUGGAGGAAGUGAUGGGGCUGGGCGAGCUGUCAGCCUAUAUCGAACGGUUCACACUUGAACUCAUGCAAUUUUUGUUCGGCCGCUUUUUUGUUGCCUCCAAACCCGGUUGUGCUGCGGGGCAUCGUGGCGUCGUCGUGCUCCACAAUAAAAUGUACUGGCUUUGA